AUGGCCACCCAGUUCACCGCUCCCUUGCACCCAUCCCCAAGUAAUAUGACUUUAGUCUCAGAUGAUCCCAGCUGGUGGCCGCUUAUCAAUUCGAAUCGCAUAGCCAGCUAUUUCGCAGUUGUUGCCUCUGUUGGAGUGACGUAUGACUGGAUACUGACGCUUGGACAAGAGGUCGAAUUGAUCUGGAGGCAACGCUGGUCAUUGAUGACAGUUCUGUAUCUCAGCUUGCGCUACCUUGGAAUAUUAUAUGCUGUCCUUAACAUUCUAAUAUAUAUUCCUACAAUCUCUGUGACUGAUAUAGUGAGUGUUCUGCACCGAUUCCUGUCCAUUCCAGUCCGAUCAACUGCACUCCCAUACAGGGAUGUGGGCCGUAUCAUAUACCUCACAAUGAAUUGGGAAAGUGUCGUCGUAUUUGCAAUAAUGGGCGUCAUCAUGAUUGCUCGGUUACGUGCAAUGUAUCAGCGAUCCAGAAACUUGCUGAUAUUUCUUGUUAUUAUCUUCUUGACUGUCAACAUUGCAGACGGAGUGAUCGUCGCAAUAGCGAUGAAACGUACUACAGAGGAGGAACUCAUUCUCUCCGGCACCUAUCUGUGCACCGCUGAGGGCAAUAUCCUACUUCUGGUUUCCAUGUAUUGGAUACUCGCCGCUAUAUGGGAGGUCCUCGCACUGUGUCUCGUAGUUUGGAUUGCUGUCAAACACUUUCUGCUCAUGAAAACUCACGUACUUUACUUUGCGAGCUUUCUUGCUAUUUCUUGCUUCGAACUCGUUUAUUUGUCUCCAACAUUCUCAGCGGACCAAUAUUCUGUGGAAACCCAAAUUUAUCAGGGUGCACUUCAAAUUUUUGUGCUCGUCCAGCAGUUUGUGCUGGGACCACGCCUCGUCCUUAGCGUUCGAGAACAUCAGUCUAAACUCGCGGCUGACUCCGAUGCAGGAAUCAGCAUGACUUCAAUGGUCUUCCAAGAUCGGAUACAUGUGUCAACUAGCAAUGGUGUAUAG